CUGUUGCUUUCCGCAUCAGCGUAAAGUCCGGUAGGUUUAUUGGAACACAUUCGGAUACGUGCCGGCUUGCCUCUCGCUAUCGCUUCCGCUAUCACGUUAGUUUCAUUCUCACGAUGGUCUCGAUUCCGUUUACGUCAAUGGCAGUGCACUGUAGGAAGCCAAGCUCACACAUCCGCACCAGCGUCCCGCUACACCAGCAGCGUCCCGUCUAGUUAUUCUGCAGUGUGUAGACAAUAAUCUUCAGGGAUUUUAAAAACAAGAACCAUGUCGCAUACUGAGUAAAGAGCUUCAGUAAGCGUUGCUCUUGGUCUCGCUAAGUUACCGCAUCAUUCCGUCAGCUCGAACGUUUCGCACCUUCUAGUUUCUCGGACCGCAUCUGACUGCGUUUCCCUUCAACGCGUGCGUCAAUGGAGAGGGACCGGAGCCUUCCUGAGCAUGGAAUCCCUCCCGAGCCGCCAACCAUCGACAUCGCUGCCUCCUUACCAACCCCCAACGUCGUCGAGCGUACCCCGAGCUACACCCCCAGAUGGGUCCGCGGAGCAGCAGGAGGGCCCUUAACCCCCUCCGCCAUGGCCUCCGCAUCUGCCGCCGCGACAGCCGCAGCGUCAGCCUCCGCGUCAGCCGCAGCCGCCGCCGCAGCGGUGUCUGGCCCUGACCCAGCCACCCCCAGCGGCCCGAUGACGGGCUUUUCCGAUCUCAGUUCCAAUUUCACGAAUCCGCCGACGCCGCAAGGCUUCCACGGAUUUCCGGGGUUUCAGCCGCGGGACCCCGAGCGCGACAGGCGGAAUCUGUCCAUGGAGAUGCCGGAGCCUCCGCCUCGGCGGAGAACCCGCCCCGCGGCUUCCGCCAUCUUCCCCCGCCCGCACCCCGCCGUUUCCCCCGGCGGCGACGGCAUGAUGCACCGCGCGCUGGGCUCCGACAUGAGCGGAGACGCGCGGCUGUGGUCCCCGUCGCAGCACCUGCAGCGCGGGCGCAUGCCAGAAGCCGCCUUCCCCAGUUACCGCCCGGGAGACAGCGGUCUUCUUCGAGGCGGGGGGAGACGACCCGGCGGGCCGCUCUCCGGGCAGUUUCCCGGCCCGGGCAUGGGAAAGUCGGGCAUGAUUGGUCAGUCGGGGCUGAUCGGGCAGUCGGGAAUGUUUCCUCCGCCUUCGGUGAUCCCCCAGUCGGGAUCGUGGGGGGGGACGGCACCGAGCACGCCUAGCAUACCAAAGUCUAAUCUAGUGCAGAAGUCUAUGAUUAUGUGCAUGGAUCCGACGUGUAACAAGUGCCCGCCGGAAAUGCACGCGCUACGGAACCGGAAGCUAAUGGCGGCGGUCAUAGACGAAUUUCCGCAGCCGCUCGCAUCGAAAGACAGAAAGGGUGGGGGCAGGCGGGGGAGCGAUGGGGGGGAUGGGGGAGAGGGAGGCGGAGGCGGGGGCGGCGGCGGAGGGGGAGGGGGGAUGGACGACUUUGAGUAUGAUUUCGACGAGUUUGAUUUUGAGGAUGAUGAGGAGUAUGACGAGGAGACGGGCGGGAAGAGAACCAUCAUCCGCUGCUGUGGGCUGCCUUGCGUUGUCUUCACCAGUCGGGGCAAGCGCCGGUCGCCCAUGCUUGGCUUCUUCCGCUUCGUGGAGGGGCUGGUGCAACCUGUGGGCAUUCUCAACCCGCACUCCAGAUUCGUGUCCCAGUGGAACAAGUACUUCAUGCUGUUCUGCAUCGGCGGCUUCUGCAUAGACCCAUGGUUUCUCUUCACGCUGCUCACGAUGUUCUCACCGAGCAAGUCCACCCUGUGUUUGGACAUCAACUACCCCGCUGCCAUCUCACUCACUGUCCUCCGAUCAAUCGUGGACCUGAUGUACCUCAUCAACAUAUUUAUACAGUUCCGCAUGGCCUACUUCGUCCCCGCCCCCAGCAACCGCUCCUACCGCUGGAGCUGCUUCCGCUGGUGGUACUCCGAGCCGUCUCGGCUCAACCCGGGCGACAUGGAGACAGACACCCGCGUCCUCGCUGCCCGAUACCUCAAGUCGUGGUUCAUCGUCGACCUGAUCUCCACGCUCCCCAUUCCGCAGAUCUUCAUAUUGGGCAUAGUGCCGGCGCUUGGGAGACGGGUGGCCACAGCAGCCAACACGUGGAUCGCGGUGCUCACUCUCCUCGCCCUCUGCAUCCAAAACGUCCCCCGCGCCGCCCGAUUCUUCCCCCUGUUGGCCGGCACGGCCCCCCACGUGACUGGCUUUGUGUUUGAGACGGCGUGGGCCAACUUCUUCCUCAACCUCGUCUUCUACCUCAUGGCGUCCAACUUCGUUGGAGGGGUGUGGUACAUCCUGGCUGUUGAUCGUUUCAGCGAGUGCCUUCAGAAUGUGUGUGGCAACACCCCUGGCUGCAACCCCGCCUACCUCUACUGCGCCAACACCAACGCGCCUGUCACCACUGUCGCCUCAGCGGACCUCUUCUCACCGCAAUAUGAGAACCGGAACGUCACCACGUGCCUGUACUCCCCAGGGGAGGACGGCACGACGCAGUCCCCUAUAGCGUACGGGAUAUUCGCGUCUGCGAUCCCGCUGACCUCGAGCCGGGACGUGGUGUCGAGCUACAUCUACUCCUUCUUCUGGGGGCUGCAGCAAGUGAGCACCCUGUGCGGCAACCUGGUCCCCUCGCGGUGGGACGUGGAGGUGGUGUUUGUGAUCGUCGUCAUCAUCAUUGGGCUGCUGCUGCUGGCGCUGCUCAUUGGCAACAUCUCAAACUACCUGCAGUCGCUUAACCGAAGGUCGUUCGAGUACCAGUUGCAGCGCCACGACAUUGACGAGUGGAUGCAGCGAAGAAACCUUCCUGUCGACCUCCAAAAGCAAGUGCAAGCGCAGCUGCGGCUGCAGUGGGCGGCGACAAGGGGAGUGGACGAGGCAGAGCUGCUGGACACCUUCUCAGACUCCAUUCAGAUUGACAUCCGCCGCUCGCUGUGCCUCGAGCUGCUGCAAUGCUCUGUGUUGUUUUGCGCUAUGGAGCCGCCAGUGCUCGAUGCCUUCUGUGCGCGGCUGCAGCAGCAGAUCUACACGGCCGGAACCGUGAUCAUCAAGGAGGGGUACCCCGUCUCGCGCAUCUUCUUCGUCCUCCGAGGCGAGCUCGAGAGCUUCUCCACCUUUGGCGGGCACACGGGGAUGGUGGACACGAUGGUUCUAGGGAAGGGAGACUUCCUGGGCGAGGAGCUGCUGGUGGAUUACCUUGAGAAGAUCGCGGCGGGGAGCGGGAGGGCGUCCGGCAGAUCGAUCACUCUGAGAAGAUCCAUCAUGUCCACCCCGUCGCUCACCAGCUCGUCCAACCUCUCCCAGCCGUCCGUCGACGUGCUCCCCACGGCGCAGCGCUCGGUGCGCUGCCUGGGGCCCGUGGAGGGGUACUCGCUCGAGGCUGUUGACGUGGCGGCGGUGUGCAAGCAGUUUGCGAGAAUGCUCUGCACCAACACCAUCCAGGGGGCUCUCAACCAAAUCUGCUACAACAGACGAGCGCACGCCGCCCGCACGAUCCAGCUGGCCUUCCGUCGGUACUUGAGACGAAAGCUAGGCCUCUCUAUAGAGGACACCGUUAAGGCGGUUAGGAACAAGCGCAUGGCGGCAGUGCUUAGUAGAGCGCAGGAACUAAGAGCUAAUAGUGCUCUUAGUGGUACUGCUGCUGCUGCCGCUGCUUUGGCAAUUGCUGCUGCUGGGAGUGGGAGCGUGGGCAGGAAGGAUAGUGGGGAGGAUGUGAAGGGGGAGGAGGAUGGAGGGAAGAAAGGGGAGGAGAAGAGUGAGGGGAAGGUGAGAUUCGUUGUGGAUAAAGGAGCAAGUGGGCGAGAGAAAAAGGCUGACUGACUCUGAAAAAAGAGGCACUACUCGGAACCACUCUGGUGCCACUCUGUCAAAAUGAGGCACGUUUGUUUAGUGAUGUUACGUACCACAUGGACUCUGGUACGGAAUCUAACAUUGUAGAGUGCAUAGUUGUGCGGUGUAGAGUAUACCAUUUUUGACAACGUGGUUUCCUUUGGGGUGUAACUGGUCGAGGCUGGCUGUUGCGAGAUGACU